AUGGCAAAGCAGAAGAAAACGCCUAGUGCAAAGGCAGACGGUGCAGAACAGCAGGUUCUAGACUAUCUACGGAAGCAGAAUCGUCCUUAUAGUGCUACUGACAUUGUCAACAACUUGCAUGGAGCGAUAACGAAAACUAUAGCUCAGAAAGCGCUAAAUACUCUUGCAGAAAAAGGUGAUGUGACACAUAAGCCGUAUGGGAAGCAAUCGGUUUACGUUAUAAACCAGAACCAAUUUGAAUUACCAUCGUCUGAUGACUUGGCUUCGAUGGAUGCGAAGAUAAAUACAUUGAAAACAGAGAUUAUGGAGUACGCGGAGAAAAAUAAGCAACUUCAAUUAGGUGUAUAUUCAUAUCAAUUUAGUCAUUGGCGAGUGCGUUUGUUACCACUAUGGGGGCGUGUGCUGAAUGGAUUAAAUAAUUCUCUGACAAACAAGCAAAUUAAAGAAAGAUUGAAGACCUUGGAAGACGAGAAUGGAAGAAAUGAGGAGCGAUUGAAUAUUCUGAGGUCAGGCACAAAGCAAGUGUCGAAUGAUGACAGAAAGAGAAUAGAUGCUUCGUAUGAAAUGAAUCGAAAGUUCUGGAAACAGCGAAAGAAACUGUUUGACGAUAUCUUUAAAACACUUAUGGAAUACAUUCCACAGAAACCACAAGAAUUUACUGAGGAAAUUGGGAUUGAAGAAGAUCCAAUAGAUAUAAAUGAAGACCCGCUGGCUAACAUAUAG